AUGUACGAAGGUGGCCCCAAUCCCAUCAAAGUCCAAAUAUCGCCGGCUUAUAAACGGGCAAAUCCGUCACCACCGUUGGUCUUAAUCCAUGAUGGAGGCGGCACAACAUUUGGUUAUUUCAUGCUAGGGAACCUGUAUCGCGACGUGUGGGCGAUUCACAAUCCGCAUUUCUUCGAUGGAGGUGCCUUUGAAGGCGGCAUGGACGAGAUGGCGCGGCUGUAUAUCGGCUUUAUGAACGAUGCGGGCAUCAAGGGCAACAUCUUGCUAGGCGGCUGGUCUCUGGGUGGAUAUCUGUCUCUGGCUAUCGCGCGCUUCUUGGCUGAGGACCCCCAAGCCAAGAUCAAGGUUUUGGGUAUCGUCAUGAUGGAUACGCCAUAUCACUCUCCGUACAGCCAGGAAGAGGGACCUACUGACGAUCCAGUCAUUGAGAAUGUCCCAGAGGCUGUGCAAAAAUGCUUUGACCGCUGCGAUGAGAUGCUGGAGAACUGGGAGGCGCCCAAAUGGGACAGACCUGCAUGCGAUGGCAAAAUUGUCUUCUUUGGUGUCGAUGGAAGACGUUAUUCUGUUCCACCCGGGAAAGUGCUUUAUAAACCCUUCAAUGGAAUAUGGUCACCCAUCGAAGUGCCACAGUAUAAGCCGCUGGAGGAAUCACAAUCUCAGAAUGCAUCACUAAUGACGCCGCCGACAGUCUUGCUUCGAUGCACUGAGCCUAUGCCUUUUCCUGAAGGCAGGACUCAGCCGUUCAUCAUAGACAAGUAUCGCAACGAUCGAACCCUAGGCUGGGCAGGUAAUACACCAGAGUUCAUCAGAGCAGUAGUUGAUGUACAGUCAAACCACUACGAAAUGUUUGAAAAGUCACACGACACGCGGAUUAAGGAUGUGACAACACGCCUUAACCUGGCUCUAGAGAUUUUAGACAGCAUUAGUGCCUCUACCAAGCCAGCUUCCGGGAGCAAACCUACGUUGGACUAUUUUUAA